AUGGCACCACACGCUGAGGACGGGGUCAACGGUUCCAGUGGUGCAAGCAGCCUCGACUUCACCACUUUCUCAAACAUCAUCGAUGGGAAACUGUCGUCGACAAGCCAAACCCGCCAUGGAAUCAACCCUGCAACGGACAAGCCUAAUCCAGAAGUACCUGUCUCGACCCCAGAGGAUGUCGAUCGAGCCGUAGAAGCGGCGAAGAAGGCGGCGAAGAGCUGGGCAAACACGAGCUACGCGGACAGGAGAAAAGCAGUGUUAGCCUUUGCAGAUGGCCUGGAGAAGGAAAAGGAUGCCUUUGCACAAUUCCUGACAAAGGAACAGGGAAAGCCACUUCAUUGGGCAUAUUUCGAGCUGGAUUUUGCCUUGUCCGCCAUUCGAACUAUGGCAGGCCUCGAGCUGCCCACAGAUGUCGUUGCCGAUGAGGAGGGACGCAAGAUCAUCGUGAGGUAUACACCCCUUGGCACUGUUGUCGGCAUUGUUCCGUGGAACUACCCGAUCCUCCUAUGCGUUACCAAAAUUGCUCCGGCCGUUGUCACGGGAAAUCCCAUCAUUAUCAAGCCUUCCCCCUUUACACCAUAUGGUGGGCUUAAACUGGUUGAGUUAGCCCAACGAUACUUCCCCGCGGGUGUGGUACAGGGAUUAAGUGGUGAUGAUAACCUUGGUCCAUGGUUGACGUCGCAUCCUGGUCCUGCAAAGAUCAGCUUUACCGGAUCCUCUGCUACAGGCAAGAAGGUCAUGGCGAGCGCAAGCAAGACUUUGAAGCGCGUCACGCUCGAGCUGGGAGGAAAUGAUCCGGCAAUUAUACUCGAAGACGUAAACAUCAAGGAAGUAGCAGCGAAGGUUGCCACUCUUGCCUUCUUGAACUCUGGUCAGAUAUGUCUCGCUCUGAAACGUAUCUUUGUCCACGAAAAGAUCUUCGAUGAGUUCCGUGACGCAAUGGUGGAACACACCAAGACUCUAAAGCUUGGUGAAGCUCAUGAGGAAGGUGUGUUCCUCGGACCAAUUCAGAAUUCGAUGCAAUAUGAGAGGGUCAAGGGAUUUUUCGGCGAGAUCGAAAAAGAGAAAUUGAAUGUGGCGGUGGGAGGCAAGAACCCUGAUGGUCCUGGAUAUUUCAUUACUCCCACAAUCAUCGAUCGACCAAAGGAAGAUUCCCGACUGGUCGUGGAAGAGCCUUUCGGUCCUAUUGUCCCACUCUUGAGCUUCAGCACCGACGAGGAAGCCAUCACCAAAGCGAAUAACACAAACUACGGUCUUGGAGCCUCUGUGUGGUCGAGUAAUCUAGACCGGGCUACCAAGAUCGCCGAGCAACUUGAAGCUGGCAAUAUCUGGAUCAAUACGCACUUUGAGCUGGACAUCAGAGCCCCUUAUGGAGGGCACAAGGAGAGCGGCAUCGGGAUAGAAUUCGGAAUUGGUGGCCUGAAGUCGUAUUGCAACAGCCAGACUGUGUAUCUGAAGAAGUGA